AUUCCUUUCCCAUCAUCAUCACAGCCGCUGAUUACGUCACCGUCUUUAAUCAACGGUCAAGGGCGUUCCUAACCUACCUCACGAGACACGCGUGGGACCUUAACUAACUUCCCUUGGUGAUUCUUUUCCCUGCACAUGCGAACUUCGUUUCUUCUUCACUAACCGCAAUUACACACUUCAUGGAAUGUCUCUCAUAAACGAAGUAUCUGGAAAACGCGAUUCUUCUCUCGAGAGAUGAAGUUCAUUGCAUUGAGUUGUACGGUUCGGCGAGCUCUGCUCAAUGGCCGCAGCUGCAACGGCCUCGGUUCGACGGCGGUGAUAGCGUAUGCGGCGCCGGAAACGAGGCUUCUCUGUGCCGGCGCAGCCAACGGAGGGCUCUUCUACUGGAGGAGGUCGAUGGCUUCGCCGGCGGAGGCGAAGUUGCGGGAGAAGGACAAGGAGAAGGCCGAGGCCGAGAAGAGUGUGGUAGAGUGCAGUUAUUGGGGGAUUUCGAGGCCGAAGAUUAUGAGAGAGGACGGAACGGAGUGGCCUUGGAACUGCUUUAUGCCUUGGGAGACUUAUCAUUCAAACCUGUCGAUAGAUCUUACUAAACAUCACGUGCCAAAGAAUUUUCUGGACAAAGUUGCUUACAGGACCGUGAAACUCCUCAGAAUUCCUACAGAUUUAUUUUUUCAGAGGCGGUAUGGUUGCCGUGCAAUGAUGCUAGAAACGGUUGCAGCUGUCCCUGGCAUGGUAGGAGGGAUGUUGUUGCACCUUAGAUCACUCCGUAAGUUUCAACAAAGUGGUGGUUGGAUCAAAGCAUUGAUGGAGGAAGCAGAGAAUGAGAGAAUGCACCUAAUGACGGCGGAACUUGUGAAGCCUAAAUGGUACGAAAGACUGCUGGUUCUUGCUGUACAGGGAGUUUUCUUCAAUGCGUUUUUCGUACUUUACAUAAUCUCUCCCAAGGUGGCUCAUAGAAUAGUUGGGUACCUUGAGGAGGAGGCUAUACAUUCUUACACGGAGUAUUUGAAGGAUCUUGAAAGUGGUGCAAUCGAAAAUGUUCCUGCUCCUGCCAUUGCAAUAGACUAUUGGAGGCUUCCCAAGGAUGCCAAACUGAAAGAUGUUAUAACAGUCAUUCGUGCUGACGAGGCUCAUCAUCGAGAUGUGAAUCAUUUUGCUUCUGACAUCCACUUUCAAGGUAAAGAACUGCGGGAAGCACCUGCUCCUAUUGGUUAUCACUAAGUCUUUACUGCCACGAAAAUGAAGUACAUCUGGCUUAGUACAGUCCUUUACAAUGACAAGGUAGGAUAUAGCAUUUAAAGCAAAUAUUUCAAUGAUUAUAGUGUAAUAUCCCAUCUGAGAGAACCAUGUGUAAUAUGAUACCAUUACGAUACACAUAGGCAUUCUUCCACGAGUAUAAAGUUAGAGGACAAUGACAAUGAUGGAUUGAUAUGCAUUUAUUAUAUUUGAUGACAGUCAAGUAUGAAAAUGGAAAGAGUGAUCCAGAAAUGUGUAAUUAGAAAUUCAAAAAUAAAAAGUUGAACCUUCAUUACCUCA